CAAAGCACAUAAGCUAGUGCUUGCUUAACGAUUUCUGACAUUAUUUUUAAUCAUGUAGUAGUUAAUAAAAUUGAUAAAUUUAUCUCUUCAUUAUUUCCUUUGUGUUUUAUUCUCUUUGAAGGGGUAGGGGGUACGAGAACGAGUAAGAAUAGGGUUCAACCCGAUUAACGGAUUAAGUAGCCCGACACUGUAUUUAUAUAGAAGUUUUACACAAUGCAAAAGACCUGCCUAAUGAAAAUAGCUGUCCUUUACAAAUACUCUAAAUUCUAAUAGUGUUGUUUUGAUGUGUGAGUGUAUCAUUAUGUAUGUUAGCUUAAGAAUAGAAGAUUUGGUAGGAGGGGGAUUGCUUUCAAGUUGCUUAUAGGCAAUUAGGCACAUGCAGACAAGUAACUCAAGCAACACAUAGACAUGCUCUACCAUUAUCUCUCAGCUGCAAUUGUGGGUUUUUCUAUUUAACUUGAGAUUACUGAUUUGUUCCCUAUUAUCUGUGUUAUAUCUGGCUUACAGAUUUUAUGUUGACCCGAACUGCAACGAUACUAUAUUUCAAAUUAGACGAAUCUAAACUGUUACAUAAUUAGUACUGAUUGAUUGAUUUUAAAUACGAAAAUCAAGUAAGAGUUUAGUGGUGGAGUUCCUACCUCCCAACCUCAACGGAUUUGAAAGGGGGGGGGGGGGGUGGGGUGGAGAUUCCCAUCCGUCGUGAGUUGUGACGCCCAAUACGGGAGUCUUUAGUUAAAAUUCCUAGUUAACAAAUGUGACCAAUAUCAUAUCAACUUGAAUUUGACCUAAUCCACUUUUCUCUCUCUCUCUUUUUUUUUUGGUGAACUAUACCCGGUUUUCGAAAUUCAUUUUUGGAUCCGACUAAUCUGGAUUCGAGCCGGGUCAGGCCCCAAUUGGGGGGAAAGCUCUCCCAAUACACUCUGCUGCGUUUCCAGGGCUCGAACCCGAGACCUGUGGUUAAGCUAGAACAACUCCCUUACUAGUUGAUCUAAGCAUGUGUUGGUUCUUUUUUUUUUUACCAUAUCUAAUUACUUUUGUAGAUGCUACUUAGUUUAGAUCAUGAUCAUAAACUAAAACUAGCAUUAUCCGUAUUUUUAUUCUAACAGCAUCAUCUAUAAUUAGUCAAAUCAUUUUAAAUCCCAUAAUUCAUUAGACUUUUUGGCAUGUUAUUCUGCUUCUACAUAUUCUUUUUUCCCCUUAAAUUUAGGCAAUUCUAUGCAAUUAGCAGUUGUAACAUAUACUAUUUUAUUUAAGUAUCAUUAACAAAUGUGCUCAAGUUUGACAAUUGUGGGGAAUCAAAAAUCAUGGUGCCCACAUACUCCACACCCUUCCCUCAUUCCUCUCUCUGAAUAAGGUCAACCCACCAACUACCUUUCCCUCCAAAAAUAACAGCCACCUCUAAAAGAACAGAGAAGAAAAACUAACAGAAGAAAAUACCCAUCUCUUUUUUUCUUAACAAAUUUUCAGGCUUCUCUAAUUUCAGAUCCCUCUUUUUCCUCCCUUAUGUUCGUUUUCUCUUCUGCUUUUUUUUGUUUUUCCAGCGCACCCUUUUCAUUCUUUCUCUGUUUUGGUGAUGACGAACUGAAAAACCAAUUGAUUGUUUGAUUUCCCCCAAAAUUGAAAGAAAAUUAUAGAAAGAAAAAAAUUGAGGGGGGAGAAAUGGAGAAGAACUCUUUUUCAUCCAAGUCCAUCAGCUUCAAUGGUCGGCGUAAUUCUUCAAAGAAAGAGAAAUCUGCUUGUCUAAGCAAAUCCUCGAGUUUCACUGUCCAUGUAGACCACAACCUUCCUAAUCCUCCUCAAAGAACCAUUUCUUCCAUCGAAGCGGUAUGGAACCUUACGGCAUCUGACGGGAAGGAGAUAGAAAAUGGCGAUGUUGCUGGAGAUGAUCAUCAUCAACCCACUUUGGAGGAAAUCUUUGAGGAUAUUGAUGGCCUCAUCGAUAAGUUCUCCUCGCUGGAUGAUUACUCGGGUGUUCCUGAAAUUCCUCGGGCAGUUCUGACGUUUUGUAAGAUGGCGCAAUCGGAGAUAGAGAAGUAUGAUUCAUCAGAUUCUACAUUGAAAUUUGGGCAGGAUAUAGAUCAAGACAAUAUAUUGAUAAAUGUAGUAAGCAAGGUAUCAAAAUUGUCAAAUUUGUUUAGCAAAUUUUCCUCUGAUGAGAAGGUAAACCCGUCCCUUGCUCUUACAACACUUGUUGUCCAACGAGCCAUGACUUUCAUGGAGGAGGAGCUUCGAGUCCUUCUAGAAGAUUGUACGAUACCUUCCAAAGAUGCAGAAGCUUUAGAUUCUACCGACGGAAAGAAAGAGGAACCAGAGGAGAAUUGUUAUCCAAUGAUUGGUGAGGAAACAAUAUCUAAUAUGAGGAGGAUUGCUGCCUUGAUGAUUUCAUCUGGGUAUGAGACAGAAUGUUGCCAGGUUUACAGCGUUCUUAGAAGAAAUGCCUUUAAGGAAGCUAUGAUACAAGAAGGAUUUGAAAAGCUAAGCAUUGAUGAUGUACAGAAGAUGCAAUGGGAGUCUCUUGAGGGGCACAUUGGUAAUUGGAUCACAAUCGUUAAAUAUGUCGCAAAUGUCCUCUUGCCAGGGGAGAAGAAACUCUGCGAUUCUGUAUUUACAAACGAGCACCCAUCAAUCGGCGAUGCCAUGUUCUCCAACCUUGCUCGAUCAGCGGUCAUCCUCUUCCUUAACUUUGCUGAAGCCAUCUCUAUGACAAAGCGAGCAGCUGAGAGGCUCUUCAAGGUACUUGACAUUUAUGAUACUUUGAGCGAGCUGAUCACAGCUCUUGAUAAAAUGUGCUCCAAGGAUUGUGCCAACGAACUGAGGUCUGAGUUAUCUUCCGUGAGGCGGCGUCUUGGAGAAGCUGCUGUUUCCAUCUUCUGUGAUCUCGAGAACUCCAUCAAAAAUGAUGUGGCAAAGAAUCCGGUUCCUGGUGGGGCUGUCCAUCCCUUGACUCGCUACACCAUGAACUACUUAAGGUAUGCUUGUGAUUUUAAAGACACCCUAGAGCAAGUCUUUUCUCUCCAUCACACCACUGAGCUAAAUUUAGAAGCCCUAGAGCCAAAGAGAGAUAAUCAGGAUGAUAACAACUACCAUAGCAAGAACCAAGGGCCGAAAAAAACACCAUUUGCUGGUGAAUUAAUGAAUAUCAUGAACCUUCUAGAUGCAAACCUAGAGUCAAAAUCAAAGUUAUAUAAAGAUCCUUCUUUAAGGUUCAUCUUCUUGAUGAACAAUGGAAGAUACAUUCUACAAAAGAUUAAGGAAUCUUCAGAAUUCCAUGAUUUAGUAGGGAACGAUUCUUGUAGGAAGAGGUCAUCUGAGUUAAGAGGGUAUCAUAAAAGUUAUCAGAGAGAGACAUGGAGUAGAGUGCUUCAAUGCUUAAAUCAAGAAGGAUUGCAGGUUCAUGGGAAGGUUCAGAAGCCAGUACUGAAAGAGAGGUUUAAGUGUUUUAACCAAAUGUUUGAUGAAAUUAAUAAGACACAAAGUUCUUGGGUGGUAAGUGAUGAGCAACUUCAAUCCGAGCUUCGUGUGUCUAUCUCGGCUGUUAUGAUCCCGGCUUAUCGGUCUUUUCUAGCAAGGUUUGGACAACAUUUUACUGCGGGAAGGCAACAUGAGAAGUAUAUUAAGUAUCAGCCAGACGAUAUUGAGACUACAAUUGAAGGGUUGUUCGAUGGAAGCUUAAAUUUGUCCAUGGCUAGGAGAAAAAAUUAGUCCCUCAUAUUGGAGUAGGAGGGAGUUAAAGGAGAAAAAAUAACAUUGGUUUGUUUUUUCAUGUUAUUUGUUUUUUCUUUUAAAGUCUUUUGUCAUAAACUGAAUUUUUGUGAACAUUUCAUUUUGGUGUACUAUGGAAUGGAAUUUUGCUCAUGAUAGGCUUCAAAGCUUUUUGAGUAUCCAACUAGUUAUAUAUAGAGAAAUUGUUCUUUUUGACUCA